CUUAUCCAACAAAAGUAUUAACAUAUUCAUUAACAACGUCGAAAGUAGCCUACUUUAAGAGAAAAUAUGCAGAAGAAGAAGAUUUACAUCAAGAUUACCAUGGGUAUUUUCCAAAACACCUGAUAUUACCUGAGGACAGGACUUGCAUUCUCAAACUUUCCCUGGAGAAGCUCAGGUUUCUAGAAGACCCCGAAAUCUACUUAAGAAGGUCCGUGUUAAUUAACAACUUGCUGAGGAAGAUACACCUAGAGACGGAGAAAGAGAGCUAUGAAUACUUUAAAGAUGCUCCCUGUUAUAAGACUGCUUAUUCUGAUACAAGAAAACGGCUGAAGUUUAUGGUACAGGAAUGCUGUUCCCAGUCUCUCUAUUACGAAGAGCUGCAUUCGUAUCAUAUUGUGCCUUACGCUUCGGAGAAUGCUAUCUAUGGAAUGGGCUACACUAGCAGCCACUUGGAGCAAAAUUCUCAGUUGCUUAUUUAUAAAAUGAAUUAAAGUAACUGUUCAGUUCAUUGA